UCUGCAUCAGUGGACUGUGGGAGUCCAAUAAAUACAGCUCCCUGCUCCGUUAUCGUCCACUUAGCUGGCUGCAGCCCUGGUUGUGUGUCGGCCAAUAAACCCAGGUGAAGGCUGCUGUUGGUGUUACAGUCUCCCCCCAACCUGCAAACAGGACUCUGCUGCUAGCCUGCGUUAGCUUAAACAAAAUGAACGGCCAUCUGAACGGGUUUUACAGCGACUCUCUUCAUGAUGAAGACUGCUUCCUCUUCACCUCCGAGUCAGUGGGAGAAGGUCACCCUGAUAAGAUUUGUGACCAGAUUAGUGAUGCGGUGUUGGACGCUCACCUGAGACAAGACCCUGACGCCAAAGUGGCAUGUGAGACUGUAGCUAAGACGGGGAUGAUCCUGCUUGCGGGGGAGAUCACCUCCAGAGCCACUGUUGACUAUCAGAAGGUCGUCAGGGAGACGAUCAAGGACAUCGGCUAUGACGACUCCUCCAAAGGUUUUGACCAUAAGACCUGCAAUGUGCUGGUGGCUUUGGAGCAGCAGUCUCCUGACAUUGCUCAGGGCGUUUAUCUCGACCGUAAAGAAGAGGACGUUGGAGCCGGCGAUCAGGGUCUCAUGUUUGGUUAUGCCACGGAUGAGACAGAGGAGUGCAUGCCGCUCACCAUCGUCUUGGCUCACAAGCUCAACGCCAAGAUGGCCGAGUUGCGUCGGGAUGGAACGCUGCCGUGGGUCCGACCCGACUCUAAAACUCAGGUGACCGUUCAGUACCGACAGGACCGAGGAGCCGUGGUGCCGCUGCGUGUCCACACCAUCGUGAUCUCUGUGCAGCACGACGAGUGUGUGAGUUUGGAGGAGAUGCGUCACAGCCUGAAGGAACAGGUGGUGAAAGCCGUGGUCCCGUCUGGUUACCUCGACAACGACACCAUCUACCACCUGCAGCCCAGCGGCCGUUUUGUCAUUGGUGGUCCACAGAGUGAUGCUGGUUUGACUGGACGUAAGAUCAUAGUGGACACCUACGGUGGGUGGGGAGCCCAUGGAGGUGGAGCGUUUUCCGGGAAGGACUACACGAAGGUCGAUCGCUCUGCGGCGUACGCCGCUCGCUGGGUGGCCAAAUCUCUGGUUAAAGCUGGACUCUGCAGACGCGUCUUGGUCCAAGUUUCCUAUGCUAUUGGAGUUUCCCAUCCUCUGUCUGUCUCCAUCUUCCAUUAUGGGACCUCUCAGAAGAGUGAGAGAGAGCUGCUGGACAUCGUGAGAAAGAACUUUGACCUCCGCCCAGGGGUCAUUGUGAGGGACCUCGAUCUGAAGAAGCCCAUCUACCAGCGCACGGCUUCCUACGGUCACUUUGGUCGUGAUUUGUUCUCCUGGGAGAUUCCCAAGAAGCUGAAAUACUGAGGCACUCUGAUCCCCAUCACACACACACACACACACACACACCGUCCUGCAGAUAAACUUCUUACCGUCCUCUCCUUCUCCUCUUUGCUUUGUUUUGCUUGUACAUCAGAAAACCAUCCAAUUAGUUUUUGUCAAACUGUUGGAAAAGUUACACUUAUUUCACCUGCUGCACUAUAGUUUUUACUUAUUUAGUAUUAAAAAUUAAGAUUUUUUUAAAGACAGGUUUCAAAGGAACAUUAAACCUACAUCUUGUUGCAGUACAGAUGAACAAAUGAGCCAGUUCUUGCUCUUUGGUGAGCAAAAGGUCAUGUUACAACUUUGUUACAAAUGAAAAUCAGACCACUUUAUUUAUGUAGUUGUGUGCAGCCUCUUCAUUCCAUUGUUUUUUUCUGACGUUUUACAGAGAAGUCAGAAUCUGCUAAUGGUUUUGUGGUUAUGUUGGGCUGCACAGUGGUUUCUAUAUUAUGUAGAUAUUUAUUUUCUAUCCUUAAAUCUCUCUAGGAUUUUUCAAACUUUGUUCAAAAUGUUGACUAAGAUAAAGGCACAAAGAUCACCUUAUUCCUGAAGGCAAACACUCCAUCAUUGCAUCGGUUCAAUGCUCAGAUUUUUUUUAUGUGACGUUUGUUGCAGUGUGAGACCCAGUUGGUGUACUGAAUGUAUUCCUCUUCCUUUUCGACAGUCGGUGUUUGGACGUACCAAAAGUGGAACAGGCUUGACUUUGAAUGUUUGAUCUUCCAGCUUUAAAUUAUAUUUAAAUAAAAUCUAAUCUCCUCUGCUGGAUUUUUCCAGAAAGCCCCUCUCGUCCACUUGCUUCAGCCAGAUAUCAGCUGAAUACCUGGCUAGUUGUCUUUCUCUCUAACUUUUAACCUUGAAAUAUAAAUCACCAGGAUAUGUACUAUAAAAUCUUAGUGCUGUCAGUCCACAGCUUUCAUCUAGGUGGCGCUGUUUCUCUAAAACCUACCGAAGCUAAGAUUUGCCUUCGGUGUCUUCAGCUCAGUACUGUGGUUGUUUAGUAUUUUUAACGAGGAAAUCCUGAUUAUAACUGCUGCCAAAAUAAUAAAACACCAAAAUAUAACCUAAACACUUGCUUUAGUUCGUGGUAAUUUAUUCCUUUCUGCCACUCUGCUCUUUUUAAAAAAAAUAAACUUAUUUAACAGACGAUAUCAGAAGAUGGCUUGGUUCCUACUAGUCAUUAUGACUGUCUUAACAGAUGCGCCUCAGCCAGUCCAGCUUUAACUUGAGAGCGACGGCUGGUGUGUUGAGGAAUCUUCUGUCGGCCAUCUUACUUUUGGCGUGCAGCAGCAGCAGGAUUGGGAGGGGCAGCUGGAGAAACUUUAAGCUCUAAGAUGAGGUUUUUAAUUGAUUUAUCUUGAUACCAUAACGCCACAUAGAGUUUUAGAGCGCUCACUGUAUGUCCAGUUAUCUGGUGUUUUACUUGACUAUUUAUUUCACAGCAUGUCUGCUUUCUCAAACUCAUCCACGACUCGGACAAAUAAUUGGUUGGUGUUGUACAGAGAAACCAGCCUGUUUACAUCGUUUGCAGCUGGGAGUUUGAAAAAGCCGUUCCCCUUCUUUUUGUUAAAUUCAGUGUUUUGUGUAUUAAGUGCCUUUUCUCGUUUGCUGCAAAUGAACCUAAAAUCAUUUUUGUUACCUUCAUGUCUCUCUCUUCUCCUUUCUGGAUUUUCCUCAAAUAAAAAUUCAUACGUCUGACUUGUUUUGAUACGUGCUUCAACUGGUGACCAAAUGUACUCGAAAAUACCAGUGAGCACAUGAAAGCAGAACUGAGUAUUUUGAAGAUUUGGUUGAUGUGAUCACUUCCUUUAUAAAUGGUUUCCAUUCUAA